AUGUUGAGAUAUUGUGUUUUACCAGUUAGAUCAAUUGCAUUCAAAGCUCCUGUGUUGAGUCAAUUGAGAUUAUUAUCAACCACUCCUGCUUUGUCCAUGCCAGCUAAAGCUAAAGCUGAACCAAAGGCAAAGGCUAAAACUACAAAGCAAACCAAGACUGCUUCCAAAUCCAAGGAAUUGAGUACUGCUAAGAAACUUGCUGAAAAGAUCAAGAAGGAAAAAGCAAAGCAUAAUACCAUUCAAACUAAAAUUAAAGAUCACAAUAACUAUCUUAGACAAUUAAGUAGAGAAAGAAAAUUGGCUGAAGAUGCUUCAAGAGGUCAUCGUUCUUUAAAUAUUAGAUCUUUCAUUGCUAAAGCUUUCAAAUUACCACCAACUUCACCUGAAUUUGCUAGUAAAUAUGAAAGUUUGACUGAAGAUGAAUUGGAAAAACUCAAGGUUGCUGCUAAAGAAUACAAUGAUAAAUGUAGAUCAUUCUUUGUUGGUGAUAAACCAACCAAACCAGCUACCAAAUUUGCUUUGUAUUUGAAAGAAAAUUAUGUUGUUGGAGAAAACCAAGAUAGAGCUACUGUUAUGGGUGAAUUGGCUGCUCGUUGGAAAUCUUUACCAGAAUCCGAAAAGUUGAAAUACACCAUUAAUUACGAUCAAGAAGCUCGUAGAAAAGAAGUUGAAGAUUGGAAACAAACAAGAAUUAACCAAUACAAACAAUAUUUGGAUUUCAAAAAGAACUAUGAAUACAAAUUCUAA